UCGCUCGGCUGUCUCGUCCCGGCGAAAAUGGCGGGCGAUCAGGAACAAUUCCAGCAGCUCUUAACGGGAUUAUUGAGCGUCGACAACAAGAUCAGACAGCAGGCCGAGAACACAUAUGAUCAGAUCCCCAAUGAAACAAAGUUCCAGUUACUGUUAACCAAUGUUGUAAACAAAGCAGCAGGUGAAGAUGCACGGACUAUGGCGGCAGUCCUCCUCCGGAGGCUUCUCACAUCAAAUUUCGAUGAUGUGUUCCCAACGUUACCAGCUGAGGCCCAAGCCCAAGUUAGGGCACAGCUGUUGGCAUCUGUACAACAAGAAGAAGACAGUAAUAUGCGCAAGAAGCUGUGUGACAUAAUCGGUGAAUUGGCACACAAUAUGAUCGAUGAUGAAGGAAAUAACAUGUGGCCAGAGUUCUUGCAGUUUUUGUUUGAGAGUGCCAGCUCUGCAUCUAUAGCUCACAAAGAAAUUGCCUUGACACUUUUCAGUCUUGUACCUGGAGUGUUUGGCAACCAGCAGCAGCAGCACUUGGGUAUGAUCAAGGCUAUGCUAACAGCUUCUCUAGCCGAUGCUGCAAACCCUACAGUUCAGGCAUUGGCUGUCAAGGCCACUGCAGCAUUUAUCCUGCUUCACGAUAACGAACCAAACAUCCAGAAGAGCUUUGCUGAUAUUCUACCAUCUUUUCUCCAGAUCAUCGCCACAAGCAUCCAGGUUGGUGAUGACGAUGCCUUGCUCAAGUGCCUGGUUGACUUGGCAGAGAGUUGCCCUAAGUUCCUUCGGCCGCAAGUCGAGACCAUCCUCCAGCUUGCCAUUAAAGCUCUACCAGAUCCCAACGUAGGUGACAGUUGGAAACAUCUGUUGUUGGAAGUUGUAGUAACUUUGGCCGAGACAGCCCCAGCGAUGGUGCGAAAGGCUGGUGCCAAGUACAUGAACACGCUCAUCCCACAGAUGUUAACAAUGAUGACAGAUCUUGAAGAUGAGGAGGAAUGGAGUGUGAGUGAUGAGCAGGCUGAGGAAGACAAUGACAGCAACUCUGUAGUAGCCGAAUCUUCUCUUGAUCGCCUUGCAUGUGGUCUUGGUGGCAAGACUGUUUUGCCACACAUCAACUCCACUCUUUCACAAAUGCUCCAGAGUGACAGUUGGAAGUGCCGCCACGCUGCUCUGAUGGCCAUCUCAGCUGUGGGGGAGGGCUGCCACAAGCAGAUGGAGGGCAUGUUGCCGCAGAUUAUGGAUGCUGUCAUCAGGUUCCUGCAGGAUCCCCAUCCGAGAGUUAGAUAUGCAGCAUGUAAUGCCAUUGGCCAGAUGGCAACAGACUUUGCUCCAAUCUUCCAGAAGAAAUUCCAUGACACAGUUGUUCCUGGUCUCCUCCUGGUGAUGGAUGACAGUGCUAACCCAAGAGUCCAGGCUCAUGCUGGAGCUGCCCUGGUCAACUUCUCUGAGGUCUGCCCUAAGAACAUUCUAACAACCUACUUGCCUACCAUUAUUGCCAAGCUAGAGAGCAUUCUUGCUGCCAAGUUUAAGGAAUUGAUGGAGCGUGGCACAAAGCUGGUCCUGGAGCAAGUGGUGACCACCAUUGCGUCGGUGGCAGACACAGCAGAGGAGAACUUUGUAGAGUAUUAUGACCGGUUUAUUCCCUGCCUCAUGUACAUCAUUGAAAAUGCCAGCUCUCAAGAACUUAGAUUACUCAGAGGCAAGACAAUUGAGUGCGUGUCUCUGAUUGGUCUGGCUGUUGGAGCCGACAAGUUCCUGACUGAUGCUGGGAAGAUGAUGGACCUUUUGUUGAAGGCCCAGACCAACCAGGAAGAAAUGGCAGAUGACGAUCCACAGGUUUCUUACCUUAUCUCUGCUUGGGCUCGUAUCUGUAAAAUCAUGGGCAAACGCUUUGAGCCCUAUCUGCCUUUGGUAAUGGGUCCGGUACUUAAGACUGCAUCUCUGAAGCCUGAGGUUGCUCUGUUGGACAAUGAGGACAUGAGUGCUGUUGAUGGUGACGAUGACUGGCAGUUCGUGUCAAUUGGAGAGCAACAGAACUUUGGUAUCCGCACAGCAGGGCUUGAGGAGAAGGCUACAGCUUGCCAGAUGCUUGUCUGUUAUGCUAGAGAACUGAAGGAUGGAUUUGCAGAUUACACAGAACAGGUUGUGAAACUGAUGGUGCCUAUGCUGAAGUUCUAUUUCCAUGAUGGAGUCCGAACAGCUGCUGCCGAGUCUUUGCCUUUCCUCUUAGAAUGUGCCAAGAUCAAGGGGCCGCAGUACUUAUCUGAAAUGUGGCAGUACAUGUGCCCUGAGCUGCUCAAGGCCAUUGAGACUGAGCCAGAGUGUGAGGUUCUAUCUGAACACAUGUAUGCAAUGGCCAAGUGUAUUGAAGUCCUCGGAAUGGGCUGCCUCACUAACGACCAGAUUACAGAGCUGAUUAGAAUACUAGAGAAAUCCCUGACUGACCACUUUGAAAGAUCUGUCAAGAGGCAAGAGCAGAGGAAGGAUGAGGAUUAUGAUGAGGUUGUAGAAGAACAGUUACUAGAUGAGGAUGACGAAGAUGUCUAUGUUUUGAGUAAAGUAGCUGACAUCACCCAUGCACUCUUCGCUGCUUAUGGCCAGCACUUCUUCCCGUUCUUUGACAUUCUUUUGCCCCAUCUCGUAAAAUUGUUGGGCCCCACCAGACCUUGGCCAGAUCACCAGUGGGGUCUUUGCAUUUUUGAUGAUGUCAUAGAAUAUGGUGGCCCAGCAUGUGACAAAUACACAGAUCAUUUUCUACAGUUGUUGCUAGGCUUCGUAGGAGACAAGCAGGGUGAAGUAAGACAAGCAGCAGCCUAUGGUUGUGGUGUUUUGGGACAGUUUGCAGGGCCUGCAUUUGCCACAGUUUGUGCACAGGCUAUUCCCCUUUUAGUUCAGGUUAUCCAGAGUCCAGAUGCAAGAAGUGAAGUCAACCUUAACCCAACUGAAAAUGCUAUUGCUGCAGUUACCAAGAUCCUAAAGUAUAAUAAUUCAGCUGUAAAUGUUGAUGAGGUGAUCCCAGUGUGGCUUUCAUGGUUACCAGUCUGGGAAGACACAGAUGAAGCCCCACAUGUAUAUGGGUAUUUGUGUGAUCUUAUUGACGGCAACCAUCCACUCGUCUUGGGACCAAACAACUCCAACUUGCCACGUCUGAUGCUCAUCUUCUCUGAGGCUUUCAGGAGAGAAGCUGUAGAGAAGGAGGCAGAAGUUACGCAACGCAUGCUCAACAUCGUCCGACAGUUACAAGCAAAUCCUGAAGUGUUCCAAGCCUGUAUUAGCCAAUUAUCACAGGAACAACAGUUGGCACUUCAUAAAUACCUCACAACCUAGUUCUACAGUGUGCACAUAGGCCUUUUAAUUGUUUAGCUUUUGUUCCAGUUAUAAAUAUAUAAUCAACUGAUUGUUAUCACGAGUUGGGAAAGUAAUAUGCCGUGUGCGCUUGUGCGAGUGACUGCAUGUACGCUUGUUUGUGUGUCAGUGUGAAUGGUUGAAAUAUUCUAAGCACAUGAUGCAUCUCAAACAGAAGCAGCCAUUGUGUCAACAUUUUCCAAAAGUAACUUAAAAGAAAGAAAGAAAAAAUACUUUAUUGCAUCAAUACGUCCGUUUGUGUUCAAGCUCAGUUGCUGUGAGCUGCCACAAAUAGCCCUUGAGAGGUGGUUGACUGACUUUCAGGGCUAAAGUAAGUUAUUGAUAAGCUGUUAUGUGAUCUUAGUGCAAGAGGUAAAGUUUAAAUGACUUUUUUUUUUUUUUUAUUUUUUUUUACUAUUGUUAUUUGAUAGUGAUAUUAAGUAAAGGUCCUAAAUAUGGCUAGAUCAGAACUGUUCAUAAGCAUAAUUUUCUCUUAUGUCCAUCUUAGAUCUCUAGAUGUUACAAGAAGAUAUGUUUGCUCCAAUAUUACUUUCCUAUCAUACACUUCAUGUAUAAAUAUCAUGUGCAUAUUUAUAGUUAAAUAAAUUUUCCUAAUGACCUUAUUAUUACUUUAUUUUUAUUUUUUAUUUAAUUUUAAAAGAACAUUCUAUAGGAACACUUUAUAAAGAUACAGUCUCCCAGCAUUUUAUUAGAUUUAUUUAUCACAAGUUUGUACUGCUUGGACUACUUCCAUUCUGAGAUCCAGGGCUUGCUUUGUACGCUGAAAGAUCGAAGACAAAGAACCCCAGGACAAGUUUAGCUGAGAGUUAUACCACGUCAUGCUUUUCUGCAAGGUUGAAAAUUAAUAUUCAUUGUGAAUGUGGUACUUAGUCUAGCUUUUGGAGGCUCUCUUUCAUUAUUAUUGUUGUUGUUGUUUAAAUAGUAUAUUUAUUCAUAUACGUGAUUUUCAUUUCGGUCUGUACAUUGGUUGGAAGGAAAUGUUAGAUGAAGUGUUAAUUUUUUGUGCCUGGAUUCAAAUAUAAUUUUUUUUCUUUUUAUUUACAUUAUUAUUAUUAUUAUUAUUAUUAUUAUUAUUAUUAUUAUUAUACCCCCCUGGUUAGUAUCCCAUGGGACUGGUCCAGCAUCUGCCUCAUGCAUUAGUAUACCUUUUCCCUUCAUACAAGCAACCAUCUUACCCUUGUUAGUUAGACUUUACUCAUUCUGUACUCACUAUUAUAUAUUCCAUGCAAGUGAAUAUCCAUGAGUGUUUGUGUGUGCGCAUGUGUUUUUGUGUGUUUGUAUAUAUAUACAUAUAUACUUUGUGUGUCUUAUUUAUAUGUUUGAUCACAUCCUACAAUUUCUGUAUGCUGCACAACAUGAGUGAAGUGCAGUUGGUGGAUUUGACACCUCUUCCUUUCUGUGAGGGUAAAAAUGCCUUGAUGCAAGUAUAAUAUAGCAUUACUAUUUAAAGUGUAUUUGUACUGUACAG